AUGGCGCCUGCGCGCUCCAAGGAUGCGAAAGCGACGAAAAAACGAGGCCGGCCUCCGGGCAGUCGCAAUUCUGGCGCGGUCGUGAAGGCCAAGUCGAAGCCCGCGCCAAAGCCGGCAGCAGCAAAGAAGGGCAGACCGAAGAAGAGACCAGCCCAGGAAGAUGUCGAAGAUGAGCUCUCAAUCAAUGAACCCGCGCCAGUCCAGCCCUCGAGACCCCGCAAGCGCAAGUCGGACGAAGUCGCUGAACCUGAAGCCGAGUCGCGCAAACAGUACGCGCAGCUGGAGAACAAGAAGAAGAGAAUACCGCAGGAGCAAAUAGACACAUGGCCACAAGUGCCGCCUCAGGUCUUGGAACAGAUCACGACGGUGAUACGCAAUGCGAAGAAGGACAUCGCCGAGACGCAGCGAGACGAGCGCAGGAUCAUGGCCGCACACAACACACUCAACCCCCUGGUACGCAAGCUAGCGCGCCAACUAGCAGAGUCGCGGAUACCCCCACAGGCCAAAGACAUCCAUUUCAACAUCGACAAGCUCACGGAGCGCAAUGCCCAAGUGUCGCGAGAGGUCACGACAGCCCGGCAUUCCAAGCAGCUGCUCAGCGAGCAGGUCAAGAUUGCCCAGCACCUGCUGAAGAAGGACGAAGAUAACCUGGACGACCUGAAGAAGAACGUCAAGAAUUGGAGAGCCGAGUGGAAGCACCAGAAGAAGCAUGGACGGAUUCACCCCUUACUCAAAGACGAAGGCAAUGCGACGGCCCACGGCGAUGGUCCUGACGAUAUCCGUCUGAAGCGAUCAGAGCCAGUAGCUUCCUCCCUUCUCGAUGCGCCCGAUGACGACCUCGCGCCAGUGCUUGCCCAAUUGCGGCGCAGCCUGGAGAGCAUGCAGGGCAACCAUACACAGGUCGAGGGUCUCAAUAUGACCAUCACCGACGCGCAAGCAGUACUAGACGACGUCUUGUUCAGGCACGCUGGCGCAGCGCAAUAUGCUGCCAUACAAAAUAUCGAUAUGCAGGUCCCAUGA